AUGUGCAGUAACCCUGAGAGCUUGAGAGACAGUGUGUUUGGUGAUUCAGUGUCAGUGAUGGAGGGAGAUUCUGUCACUUUAUACACUGAUCUUACUGAAAGAGAUGAAGAAGACAACAUACUGUGGAAAUAUGGAGCUGAAAACUCUCUCAUAGCUAAAAUGAUGGAAAAGAACCACAUCUUUAACACAUAUAAUGUUCUUGAUGGGAGAUUCAGAGACAGACUGAAGCUGGAUGCUCAAACUGGAUCUCUGACCAUCACAAACAUCACAACUGAACAUGCUGGAGUUUAUCAACUAGAGAUAAGAGGAGUGAAACUGACAAAUAAAACAUUCAGUGUUUCUGUCUAUACUCGUCUGCCUGUUCCUGUCAUCAGCAGUAACUCUUCACAAUGUUCUUCAUCAUCAUCAUCAUGUUCAUUGGUGUGUUCAGCUGUGAAUGUGGGUCAUGUGACUCUCUCCUGGUACAAAGGAAAUAGUUUAUUGUCCAGCAUCAGUGUGUCUGAUCUCAGCAUCAGUCUCUCUCUACCUCUGGAGGUGGAAUAUCAGGAUAAAAACACCUACAGCUGUGUGCUGAACAAUCCCAUCAGCAACCAGACUCAACAUCUGGACAUCACUCACCUCUGUCACACAUGUUCAGAAGUCCACGCCCACUGUUGUGAUUCUGUUGAAGCUGUGCUCCGAUUGGUCGUCACUGCUCUGAUGGGCGUGGCUGCUGCUGCUGCUGCUGUUCUUCUGGUCAAUGACGUCAGAUCGACAAGAGGUUAAACAGAGGAAACAGAACAGAUAUUAAAAAUAUUGUGGCAUAUAUUAGAGUUUUAAUCAGACAAUAUGAAACUGAACUGGAUCGUAAAAUCUUCUUUACCUGAAUCUGGUGUAUUGGGGCCAUCUGGUGGCCAAAACAACGAAUAUUCUGCAAUAUUUACUUUUAUUCUAAUACCAUCCAUUUUACAUUUCUCUGUUAAUUAUACUGUUUUCAUUUUUGCUUAAUUUAUGUGAUGUUGUUCUUUUUAUUUUGUGUUAUAAUUAUAUGCAGCAACCCCGCAAAUACAAAUGUAAAAAUAUUUGUCAUACCAAUAAAUCACUGUAGAAUUGAACAGAAAA